GGGCGCGAUCGCCUUGCCGCCAGGACCAUGAGCAUCACGGCGGCGGCGGCGGCGGUGCCACUGGACACGCCCGCGGAGACGGUGCCGGGGCUGGCGCCGCCGGAGCCGAGCUGCGGCGCCGGGGAGGACCGGGCGUCGCGGUUCCGGCGGAUCUGCGUCUACUGCGGCAGCGCCAAGGGCCGCAAGGCCAGCUACCAGGACGCCGCCGUCGAGCUCGGCAAGGAGAUGGUGGAGAGGGGCAUAGACCUGGUCUACGGGGGCGGCUCCAUCGGCCUCAUGGGCCUCGUCUCCAAUGCCGUCCACGCCGGCGGCCGACAUGUCAUCGGGAUCAUCCCAAGAUCACUCAUGCCCAGAGAGGUAACUGGGGAUCCUGUUGGUGAAGUUCGAGCUGUUUCUGGCAUGCACGAGAGGAAGGCCGAAAUGGCCCGGUUUGCUGAUGCUUUUAUUGCCUUACCAGGCGGCUACGGAACCUUGGAGGAGUUGCUUGAAGUGAUCACGUGGGCGCAACUAGGAAUACAUAAGAAGCCGGUCGGUCUGCUGAACGUUGACGGAUUCUACGACCCACUGCUGUCGUUCAUCGACGUGGCCGUCAACGAAGGCUUCAUCACCCAGGAGGCGAGGCAGAUCAUCAUCUCGGCCCCAACAGCCAAGGAGCUAGUCAUGAAGCUGGAGGAGUACGUCCCUGAGUACGAGGUCGGCCUUGUCUGGGAUGACCAGAGCCAGAUGCCAAGCAACACCCUGGUCCCGGAGCCGCUGGAGACUCCCGCAAUCACAUAGUCCUGAUCAAUGGGCGUCGCCUACAUUUCAGUUAGGGUUCUAACAACAGUGUCCUAGAUAAGACCUAGCUGUGUGAAGGGCGAAGAGGGGGCACAUUAUAGCCUGUGUGCUUGUUUUGGUAGCGUCGAUCGACCGGUCUCUUGUGCCACCGCUGAUGAUUGUUUUGGGUGGCAUGAUUAUAUUAAAUUAAAGUAACUAGUGAGUGGUAGCAUCCAACUUGGAUGGAUUGUUGAAUGGUUCAUGGUUGGAUGGGCUAAGCCGCUGAAUCGGUCCUGCUGUGAUCCUGGAACAAGGGUUGACUAUAUAUAAAUAGGUACCAGCACAUAUAGUUUAUCAACAA